GUGUUGUCGUGUCGCAGGUAAAUGCUGCGCUAGUCGGAGGAGGAACCAUGUCUUCGGUCCAUCGGGGGACCAGCGGGCGGCUCGCUGCGGCGUUUGAGGACGUUUUCACGGCGUUUGAGGACGCGGCGGUCCGGCAGGAGGAGGAGGAGGAGGUUGAGCGUCAGCGCAGACUGCUGGAUGUCACCUGGCAGCCCGAAAUAAAGCUGCACAGAGUCGACCUCCGGCAACAACAUGACCACGAAGCAGAGGAGGUUCUUGAUAACCAGGACCGAAACCCAACAGAACCACAACAGUUUAAAGAGGAACUGGAGGAACCAGAGCCUUCACAGAUUAAAGAGGAGCUGGAGGAACCGGAGCUUCUACAGGUUAAAGUGGAACAGGAGGAACUCUGCAUCGGUGUGGAUGAGGAUGAACAAAAGCCUCCGCGGAUUAAAGAGGAGCAGGAGGAACUCUACCAGGGUCUGGACCAGGAAGAACUAGAGUCUCCACAGAUUAAAGAGGAACAGGAGGAAGCGUACACUGUUCUGGAUCAGGAGGAGCUGAAGUCUGGAGAGAUUAAAGAGGAACAGGACGAUCUCUGGACGAGUCCAAUAGUGCACAUUUCAGAGAGUGAAUGUGACACUGACACAGGUGAAAACUCUGUAAAAUGUGACACUGAUGGAAAACCACUGAAGUCCAAGUCUCAAAUGAAGGAACGUCACGGGACCCACGCAGGUGAGAAACCAUAUUCCUGCAACAAGUGUGGCAGAACUUUCAAUUUUUGUGCUCCCUUCAAAAUCCACAUGAGAAUCCACACAGGCGAGAGGCCGUAUUCCUGCAAAACCUGCGGGAAAGCUUUCACAAGGAGCGACAAGUUGCUGUGCCACAUGAGAACCCACACAGGUGAGAAGCCGUACCUUUGUAACACCUGUGGGAAAAGGUUCACCGACCAGUCAGCAUGUAAGCGGCACACGGCGAUCCACACGGGGGAGAAACCUCACAUCUGUAACAUCUGCGGGCGUAGAUUUGUCGAAAAAUCCGAUUUGAACAUCCACCUGACGACUCACGUAGGUGAGAAGCAGCAUUCUUGCGAAACAUGUGGUAAGAGUUUCAGACAUAUCAACAAGUUGCUGUGCCACAUGAGGAUCCACACGGGCGAGAAGCCGUUCCUCUGCAACACCUGCGGGAAAAGAUUCACCGACCCGUCAGGCUUCAAAAAGCACACGGCGAUCCACACGGGUGAGAAGCUGCACUCGUGCGAAACGUGCGGCAAAAGUUUCCGACACACCUCCACGCUGGUUUGCCACAAGAGAACCCACACAGGUGAGAGGCCUUUCCUCUGCAACACCUGCGGCAACAGAUUUAUCAGCAAUUCCAAUUUGAAAAGUCACAUGAGGACUCACACGGGGGAGAAGCCGUACUCCUGUCAAACGUGUGGCAAAGAUUUCACCCAAAGCACCACGUUGAAGCAGCACAUGAGGAGUCACACGGGUGAGAAUUCAGAGACCUGAAAAAAAAAACUAGAAGGAAAGCCAAAAAAAACACGUAAGAAUGAGUGCAGGUUUAAAGACGAGCUUUCAGAUUUAAAGCACCGUCAGCCUGUGCUUCAGUGACGUGAGUUUAUUGCACGUUUAGACAAUUGCAGAAGCUCAUUGCAUUUUCUUUUUCCUAACAAAAUAAUUUGGGAACUGUGAUGUCAGAAUCCUCACUUGGGUGAACAGUUAUAAACGAACACAAAAACUGUUUGGUUACCACGGAUCCAGUGAGUUGCAUGAGCUCUGUAUUUUUUAUUUAAUUUGGAUAAAUUAAGUACAGCUGGAUGUACUGAUGGUAAAUUAUCGAACUCUGAGGCUGAAGAAACCUCACAGAGCUCAUACUCUGUUUGUUUUUGUCCCCUUUUCUUAUGCGGCUGCUAUUUAGUGCAUGUGGAAGGUCUGUAAACUUCAAAGUCCAAGUCAAAGGGACUGAUUUCCUCUUAUUAGACGAUUUUCUAAUAAUAACAAGAUCUGCACUUAUGAGAACUUUUCUCCUAACGAGGAGACGGUCCGUCCUGUUUCCAUGACAGCUUUCUUUUUCUGUCGUUCUUGUGAUUUCUGGAGCUAAACCUGGGUUUAAAACUUAAGGUUGAUUAAUUAUUUAUAUGUUUAUGAACUAUUAAAAAUGUUUUUUUUAAUAUAUUGACCUGAUUCCAGGCGCCCCGACUGUUCAUUAUGUUACGUGUUGAAUCCUUUUUGGAUUCAAGGACCAAAUCUAUCGACCAAGUCAUCGCUGUACCACUUUUGUUUUAAGGCGGUCCAACCUGCUGCCAGUGCCUCCUUGAUUAUGUGAAGUGCAAUUUGGGAUGAUUUUCACCCACUUUUCCGUUGGUUUCGUCCUCAUCAAAGAGCUUAAAAGACAGAUGUUGUGUUUGUGACAGGACCCCGGUUAUAUCAUAAACUGUACAUUGUGCUGCAAUGCAUACGCAGAAUAAAGUAAUGCAUGACCCCAACACUGGUAACGCGGUGUUUCUAAGCUCCAUAUGUGGUUCCUGUUAGAAAUGUGAAACGUAUGUCGGUACCCUGCGACGAUAAAACACUAAAGACUGACUGACUGAAUGAGUUUCUUUGUUUUUACUGUGAAAGCUGUUUGUUUUUUUCAGGUGUGUCUUUAAGACUCUGGAAGGAAAACCCACUGUCUUCAUAAGCAAUGUACAAUAAAGGUGUUAUGACUGAGC